ACACAUUGGUACUCAUCUGCUGUGAACGGACAAACAAACGAGCAACGGGAUCAUACGCAGCAAUGCUAAAUCUCUAUCGAAUGAUCAAACGGAUGCUCAGUUUCUCGCAGGCAAUUGGACAAAAUGUUCUAAAACUUUCGGACGUGGUGUUGCCUUGUUAAGAGUGCCAGUGUGAAAAGAUACUCGAGAAAAUGAAGAAAAAUUAAAAAAAAAAUAAUAUUAAAUAAAAAAUCAUAUACAGAAAACAAAUUAUAAAAGAAGAAAAUAAUAACAAGAGAACGCCAUUUGUGUUUGUUUAUAUGCAAAUGUCAUCAUAGCCAGUGGUUAACGUCAUGUAUACGCACAAUCAAAAUAAAUAAAGCGAAAAUUGAAAACGGAAAAAUAUUUUGGAUAUUUGAAAAUACAUACACUGAAGUAAAACAUAAAUGUAUCUAUGCUAAAAAGCCAAUUUAAUUCGGAAAAAAUUUACCCCCAGAAAAAAAAAAUUUCAAUGAGCCAAUUUUUUUUUUUCAAAAAUUUUAUCAAAGAAAAUCUUGAAAACCCAAAACAAUUACUUUUGAAAAGUUUCAUUGAAAAACGCCAAAGAAAAAAACCUGUCAACCACUUGAAAUCAAUUGUUGUUCGAGAGUCGCCGAUCAUCAAUGGGUGAUUGUUGACCUGCCUACUGUCUCUCUCACUCUCUUUCGCUUGGAUCAAACGGGUACACAUGUAACACAAAUACACAACAAACCGACCAUCUCUUCUGUUGUUGACUUUAGCAACCCAAUCAGUGGCGUCACAACAUAUUCAUAUAAUUUUGUUGGUGAGGGACCCCAAUCAAAAUAUUAAAAAAAAAAAAACAGCAACAAAACCAAAUAAUUCUAAAUAUAAACAGCUGCCGGAGGGGGGAGGCAAAGACCAAACUAUAAAAAUAAACUGCCAACGGCUCAUUGAGAUCUGAAAUAAAUAGAAGACCAAAUAUUUUGUGAAAUCUAAAAUCAAAAAACUAAGAAUUUUUUGUUUAUUUGUUGCUGUGGCAGUUGGCUCUGGGCCAGCGGCUAAAUGUUGAUCUUCAACAUUUGGCCAAGCAACGCAAGACGCGUCCGUUGUCCCCUAUUCGCCGCAUUUCUGUGUCAUUAUUAUGGCUAGCUGGUGGUGACAUACAUAGGUAUAUGUAUCCAACCUCAACAUAGCUGCACUUAUUCUUCCACUUCCACCAGAGUAUCCGUGAAAUGAGUUCAUGCCGAUGACAGAGUAGCUGAAUACUUUACGCUGACAACAGGUGGAUGGAUGAAUGGCUGGCAAAGAAGAUUUGCCCAAGAAAUUCAUACUUUGAGGCCCGCCGCCUUUCAUUGUGAGCGGGAAGAGGAGAUUUGGUUCUCGUGGUCGUUCCUCACAAGUUUGUGGCCAAGUCUUUGACUGUGAGGUGGGUGGGUGUUAACCACGAACAAAAUCGCACAAGUGUUUCCUGAAUGCAAUUUUACAAUGUCAGAUUUGUUUAUGAACAAACAACGACGGCGACAUCAGCGUUGGAACCAGCAGCAGCAACAACAACAACCAUCAGCAACAGCUGAUUCCUCAUUCACCACCACAACAACAACAACGUCCAAGAAAACGUCAAGAUCAACAAGAGCUGGUACACCUGGUGCAAUAAAAACCUCUAUUAAUGCCAAAUAUUCCCCCUACGACUUCGACAACAAUGAUUCGGAUGAUAUUGAAUAUGUUGAACAGACCAGCCAGCAUAACCAGGACCCCCAUGCUGAUGAUGAUCCCCUCUCCAACAUACUAAGCCUACAGCUACGUAAGCCCAAUCACUGGAAAUGGGAACUGACAACAUCGAAAUCAUGUUCCAAUAUUGCCUUGCCACGCAUAUUGCUCUACGAUCACAAGGGCAAUCUUUUGGUUGAUGCCCCACCCGGUGGUGGUGGCGGUGGUCCAGAUGGUAAUUCCGAACAAAUUUACAAACAAGAAGACUACGAACCGCCACCACCCCAUCAAGAGAAACCCAAAAAACGUCCCUACAAUCGCCACAGAUCUGCCACCACAAAUUUAACGCAUUCCGUACGCAAAGCUUUGGAGAAGGAAUUCGAUGGCCUUCAAAUCGAAGAAGUGCCGCCGACACCCAGGAAAAAUUCCACUUUUACAAAUUUCUCCACAACACCAUCGAGCAAUGCCACAACAUUGCGCCAACGAAGUCGCAGCCACAGCCGCAAACCCAUCGAUUUGAAUAUUGGCGAUUUACCCGAUUCAUCACCACGUUCCUCCUCCCUCAAGGGUGUACGAUUCAAUGUUGAUCAUGAUUCAAAAAUACCCGACUUUUUGCCCACUCCACCGUCCACCACAACGCCAACCUCAUCGUCGUCGGGCCCCAGAGAGAAACGAAAAUAUCGUCGUUCCCAGAGUUCGGGCAGGCUAUCGAGUAGAUCAAGUAAUUCAAUACUGGAACGUUUGAGUUUUCAAAAGGGUCGUUUCUCCUCUCCCGAAUCGGAAGAUGAGGACACCAAUGCCGACGUUCCUAAGGGUCCACGUUAUUUCUUGCGCACUGAUGAAGCUGGUACUUUAAUAGUGCAUCAAGAUAGUUCCAGUAGUCAAAAUUCCCGGCGGCCAAGGCGAAAACCGCAAAAAUAUCUUUCCUCUAGUGAUAGCAUUAAUAGAAACGAAACUCCACCCAAAUUGUCAUUGACACCGCCCGUUUUCGAUGCUGGCAGUCCAUUGAUUGAAGCUUCAACCACGGCCUCAGCUAAGGAGCGAAGACGUAAACUUUUGCCAGUUCGUCGCCUUCUAAGCGAUAAUAAUGUGUUAUUACUUGGUAAGGAUAAAUCUUCGUCAGAGGAGGAAGUGGCAAUGCCAAAAACAGCUGCUAUUGCGAAAGAUAACAGCAAGUUGGAAGAAACAGUAGAAGAAGAGCCAACAUUUGAGGGGCUGGAAAAGGAAGGAGCUAGACCUGCAAAAAUUAUUGAACCGGAAGAGACAAUUGUUCAAACUGGUGGCUGCAACUGUGUCCAUCAUCGUCGUUACAAACGUAACGAAACCAAAGAUCUUAAUACGAGUAUUUCCUCUGUAGGACAUCAACGUAAUGGUAAAAUUAGAUAAAGAAAAACAUAUCGACAUGAUCUGUAAUGUAAAUACCUGCAUAAAACUAAAAGAUUGUAAAUAAAAAAGUAAAAAAAGAACAAUAAAAAAGAAACCGAAAAU